AUUCUCUCUCUCUUGCAACUCACGGCAAAGCAAAAUGCGGCAGCAGCAGCGACUGGAGCAGACCAGCUUCCCCCCUUUGAAUCGCUUCUUCUAGACGCAACAAAAAGAAAGCGAGAAAAAUCCCAAAUGGAUUACGAAAGGAUCGAAAAACAGGGAGCAGGAGGAUUCUCUCCAAGCAAACUAAGGAUGAUGCUUCUGGGAGUGGAGAAGAAGAGGAAGGAAGAGGAAGAUAUUGUGUCGGCAUCAGUGGCGGCAUUCUCGUUGAGAUCAGAAGGUGCUGAGAUGGAUGAUAGAGGCGUUAGCAUUUCUGAGAACUGCAAAGAUGUAGACAUUGUAAGCAUAACAAUGGCCGAGAAUUUAGACUCUGAGAUGGCCACCGAUCAUAGAUUGAAAGAACGUGUUUUAGCUAAUUCAAGAAUUAGAGCUCAAGACGAUGGUUGUCUGGAUUAUGAUAGUGGCAUCGACAAUGUGAGUGUGUCAUCGUCAUCAGCCUUUGAGUUUCAGAAGGCAGAACGGGCCCCACAUAGGUUGCCUUUCACACCGUUCUCCAAACCGGCACCAUCAAAAUGGGAUGAUGCGCAGAAGUGGAUUGCAAGUCCCUCAUCGAACCGGCCAAAAACCGGGCAAUCUCAGGUACAGGGAGGGCAGGCAACGACUCGGAAAACGGGUUUGCUUGGGAAUCGACAAUCUGCUACGAAGGUUGUCGUUGAAGUUCCAGACCAGAGGGUCGUUGCUGCAGAAGAGGUGGAUACGAAAAGGAUUGAUCCAAAUCAAGCUAAGAGGGUGAAUUGGGUGCCUGAUCCUUACCCAGUGGCAGAUUCGUAUGUGAAGCCUGCACUCAUAAUAGAGAAUUCAGUUGCAGAUUCAGCGAUUAGUCUGAGUCGGCAUGAUUCAUCCGUAUCUCUCCAUAGUGCUACAACAUAUAUUCCACCUCCAUCAACAGUUAGGUCUGUGUCCAUGAGAGACAUGGGUACUGAAAUGACUCCUAUUGCUAGCCAAGAGCCUUCUAGGACUGGAACUCCUGUGAGAGCAACGACACCAAUACGCAGCCCCAAUUCUUCAAGGCCGUCCACUCCCAGAAGAGCCGCACCAGCUUCAUCUCCUGUUGCUUCAGUUCAUUGCCAAGAUGAUCUUAACAAAAAGGAGCUGUCAGAGAAAGAACUACAGAUGAAAACUAGACAAGAGAUCAUGGUUCUUGGAACACAGCUUGGGAAAAUGAAUAUUGCAGCCUGGGCAAGUAAAGAAGAGGAGGACAAAGAUGCAUCGACUUCACUUAAGACUGUUGCUGCGGACCAGCUGGCUAAAAGUGUCAUCGAGACCCGUGCAGCAGCUUGGGAGGAGGCAGAGAAAGCCAAGUACAUGGCCAGGUUUAAACGUGAAGAAAUCAAAAUACAAGCAUGGGAAAAUCAUCAAAAAGCAAAGACAGAAGCCGAAAUGAGGAAAAUUGAGGUUGAGGUGGAGAGAAUGAGGGGGCGGGCCCAUGAUAGGCUGAUGAACAAGCUAGCAGCGGCAAGACACAAAGCCGAAGAGAAGCGUGCAGCGGCAGAAGCCAAAAGAAACAGGCAAGCUUCAAGAACCGAACAGCAAGCAGAGUACAUCCGAAGAACCGGCCGCAUCCCAUCAUCAUUUUCUUGCUGGAAUUGGUGCUUUUAAAAUGCUAUUAAUUGGUUUCAUGGAAGAUGACGCCAAUAUGAUUGUUGUGAGUUUCUGUGCUUCGAGUGUUGUAAACAGGCAUAUGCAUAUGAGCACAAGCUUUUGGCCUAAUGUUGUUUCUUCCACUUGAGUCUAAUUUGAUCACUCUUCUUGUAUAGGAGUUACGAAAAAGUGUCCCUGUUCUUUUUGUUCCAUUCAACCUCAAAUCUUUUUUUUUUUCCUUUUUCUUUCUUUUGUUUUUUAUUUAUUAUUAUUAUUUUUUUUGGGUCAAUGACUAGAAGGGUAUUAAGCCGAAUGUUGUAAUAUUUCUUGAAAAAAUGAUCAAGUUCAAGAAGAUACUAUUUCCACUA